AAUUCUUUGAUAAUUUUGUUACUAUUACAAAAUCAUUGUAAGAAAGAUUUCAUAAGUGAGAGCGGUUAAUAAUUUCUUAUUAAUUGCAAUUUAAAUCAUUUUCAUAAUUUACAUCCUAAGCUAGGUAGUUGAUUUAAAACGUCCGGGCAUAGAUAAUACAUAUAGUGCGUCCGGGAGCGGUAAAAUAACGGGAACGGCGUACUUUGUCCUACUCAUCUAAUAAAUUAGUGCUGGUGAUAAUAAAACGUAACGUUUAUACGAUCGAGGUACUUAGGUACCUUUUGUCAGACGAGCAAAGAUGUUUUCUGGAAAGGUCGUACUAAUUACUGGCGCUAGUUCUGGCAUCGGUGCUGAAACUGCACGGGAAUUUUCUAGACUAGGCGCAAGUUUAGUAAUAACUGGGAGAAAUAAAGAAAAUUUAGAUAUGGUAUCCCAAAAUUGUGAAGCAUUAUCUCCUGAUAAAUUGGUUCCUUUGAAAAUCAUCGCUGAUAUCCAAAACGAAAAAGACAUUGAAAAGAUUAUUGAAACCACAAUUCAACAUUUCAAGAAACUCGAUGUUCUUGUCAAUAAUGCAGGUAUUUUAGGAACUGGUACCAUUGAAACUACAUCGUUACAGCAAUUUGAUACUAUUAUGGAAACUAAUGUCCGUGGCCCUUAUUAUUUAACUAUGCUGUCAGCUCCUUAUCUUAUUAUAAGCAAAGGAAAUAUCGUUAACGUAUCUAGUAUAGCCGGAUUGCGAUCAUUUCCAAAUAGUCUUGCUUAUUGUGUAUCUAAAGCUGCUUUAGACCAGUUCACGAGAUGUAUUGCCCUUGAACUAGCCCCAAAAGGAAUUCGUGUAAAUGCUGUUAACCCGGGCGUUAUAAUUACUGACAUACAUUUAAGAGCUGGUAUGUCAAAGCGAGAGUAUGAUGAGUAUCUGGUAAGAUGCAAAGAAAGUUAUCCCAUAGGAAGGCCCGGUGAUACAAAAGAGGUAUCAUCUGUAAUUACAUUCUUAGCCAGUGAUGCAGCAAGUAAUAUUACUGGAGUGACUCUAUCUGUCGAUGGAGGUCGUCAGGCGAUGUGUCCUCAGUGAAGACCUUCAUAUCAGCUUAUUUACGUUUAUACCUAACGCAUUUGCAAUUAAUAAAGUGUAAUUUAAAUUAGUAUUGUAUUAAUGAUUAAAUUAAAACAAGUUUUUCGUUUUUUUAAUCA